UACGCUUCUCUUAUUUCUCCAUUAACUUUAGCUUACAGGAGUCUUCCACUUAUUUGGAAAAGAAAAUGUCUUGUGCAAGCAACCAAGUGGACUCCAUGCUCUAGAACAUGUGGGAUGGGAAUAUCUAACAGGGUAACCAAUGAAAACAGCAAUUGUGAAAUGAGAAAAGAGAAAAGACUAUGUUAUAUUCAGCCUUGCAACAGUACUAUGUCAAAGUUAGUAAAGAUUCCCAAAGGAAAAACAUGCCAGCCUACUUUCCAACUGUCCAAAGCCGAAAAAUUUGUCUUUUCUGGAUGCUCAAGCACUCAGAGUUACAAGCCCACUUUUUGUGGAAUAUGCACAGAUAAGAGAUGUUGCAUCCCCAAUAAGUCUAAAAUGAUUACCAUUCAAUUCGAGUGCCCACAUGAAGGGUCAUUUAAGUGGAAGAUGCACUGGAUUACAUCUUGUGUGUGUCAGAGAAACUGCAGAGAACCUGGAGACAUAUUUUCUGAGCUCAAGAUUCUAUAAAACCAAGCACAAGUGUGGGGGGUGGGUUAAGGUUAAUCAAUUAUACCAUGUAACUUAAAAAGUAGUGGUGGCAAAUCUACUUUAUGGAUAUAAAGUACUAAAAAUACUUAGAUGUUCUCCAAUUCCUAUACUUAAGGCAUCAGAAGCUUCUAAAAACGUUUUUCCUAAAAUAUAUAUAUAAAAUUUGAACAACUUAAAACUGAAUUCAUUUCUACAAUAUAUGCUACAAUAAUGUAAUACAGACAUUUGGUAGCAUCCAAGCAUUCAAUACAAUGAAAAAGUUUUAUUAUUUACAGGAAAAUAUUUUAUUUUACAAAACAACUGAGAAAACUUUGUCAAUAUGUUUAAAAACACUUACUAAAUUUUUAAGCUUUAAUCUGUGCCUGGCAAUGUAGCCUAGGCUAUCAGAGGACAAUCACUACAGGGCUAAAAAGAGUCCAGAUGAAUUCUUGAAUAGAAAUAAUAUUACACUAUAAAUGUACUUAUAGUUUUCAUUGCCCAAUCCUAAACAUUAGUUAUGAUUUCUUUAGGGAGAAAAGAAAAUGGAAUUAUUCUGGCUACUGUUAACAGAUAUAAUCUGAAAGUUUUUACACCAAAUACUUUAAAAAACUAAAUUUCCAAGAUAAGGACCAAGAACAAAA